CGACCGCUGACAAGCUCGUAUUUGUUUUAAGAAAGUUUAUUUGACUAAAGCGAUUGCAUAAAGUUUCCCUUGGUUUUACAAGGAUACACGUAAAUCCUCUGUGAAAUGAAUCAAUUGGAUUAAUUAAUUGAAGAGCCCCAGGAAGAAGCCAUCGUUGUAGCGAUAAAGCUUGAUAAUGCAUGGAAAUUACAGUGUUGACAAGCUAGCUUCAAAGCGAACCACUCCUCCAAUGCCAAAUGGCUCGUAAAUAUUUGUAAUCUUGGAGAAGUCAGCGUUUCAUUCUGUCAUGGAUGAAGAAGACGGUUUUUUCAAGGAAGAAAUUUGUACGUUAACACCCUAUGAGUUAUUCGAUGCCUUUCUUCAAUCUUGUGAUCUUGCUGAAACGCUGGAUGUGUUUCGAAAACUCUGUCAGAGUGUUGAUGUUAACCCUCGAAAUCACAAGACAUUGUAUGCCUCUCUGAAGUCCAAAUUAACUUCUUGGAAGUGUAAAUCGCUGUGGACGAAAUUGGACAAAAGAGCCGAACAGAAGGACUACAAAAGCAAGCCUUGUGUUAAGAACAAAGUCUUAGUUAUUGGAGCUGGACCGUGCGGUUUGCGUGUCGCCAUUGAAGCCGCUCUUCUGGGUGCGUAUGUUGUUGUCAUAGAAAAGCGAGAUCGAUUCUCUCGCAACAAUGUCCUGCACCUUUGGCCGUUUUUAAUCGUCGAUCUUAAAAACUUGGGAGCCAAGAAAUUCUUUGGACAGUUCUGUGCUGGAGCCAUUGAUCAUAUAAGUAAGUAUUUUAUUUUUUCCUUGGUCUAUAUUUGUGCCUGUACUUCCGGAAAUGUUCUAGUUGCUUGUGCAGACGAAAUCGAUCACCACUCGUCUCUGUUCAUAAUGUUCCUAUUUGUCAAACAAAGCUCUCUCAGUCGUCAAGAUGCGAUGAUUUUAUAGUUGCCACGCUGGUCUUAAGGAGGUUUAUUUUUACAAGUGACAUCUUUGAAUGAAUUUCCCUUUGAAUCCACAUGUUUAAAAUGCUUAUGUCAGAUUUAGAUUUUCUCUGAAGUCGGAAGCUUAUCUGGUAGAAAUCCAGCUUUCACACUUGAUACUACCUUGAAAAAUUCUUAUCUCUUCGAGUUUUUUAAGAUUCGAAAUAGAGUGUUUUGUCUCAUUUCGUCAGAGCAUUUGCUUUGCCAAAAGUAUAAGAAAAAUUGGGCUCUCUUUAUAUUGCAUAACUUGAGUUCAUUAUAACGUUAAUUAUGGUCGGCGCUCGCGGAAAUCAUCAAUCCUCUUAAACUGCUUAUUGGAGUUUCCUGCAUUUUUUGCAAUCGAAUGAAUAAAGGGCGACAAUAUUGUAUCACACUGUUUAUUUGUGUGUUUUCGGGUUAUCAGGGGAUUAAAUUUAACGGGUGGUUUUUAUUUUGAUACGCGCCUGAAUUUGUAUUUGGUUCAUGUGAUGUGUGCCGAACUCUCUCACGAGAAGAAAUUGAAUAUUUCUCUUUGUACUUUAGCCUGUGAAUAUGACGUAAAACUUACAUCUUCGUCUCUUCAGCUCAUCCUAUUCAAUCUAUACUUAUUUCUUAUUUCUUCUAGUCUACAGCAAGUCAAUUCGAUUUUUUAUCGUUGAGUCACAUUCAUAUAUAUUAAUUAUUAAUUCGCGUCAAUUUUGAAAAGAAUAUAAGUAUGCUGAACAAUAUUUAACCAACAGGACAGCCAUUAUCUCUUUUUUAAAAUACAUUUGCACAUGUCUUUUUCAUUUUUUGUCUAGUGUUUUCAAAAGUAUUUAGUUGAAGAUGCUUAAAAUAGACUGAAUACCAAUAUAUAAUGAAUAUUAAAUUUGUGGCACUUAAUCUUACCAUCAUUUCCAUUUUUGAUUAUGGUAUUUGAUAAGGUCGAAUGAAUUUCAAGAUGCUAUUGUUCUGAGAAUGCAAUAAGAGUGUCUUCAGAAGUGUCUUAAAAAUGGAGAGUUGUCAGGUCAAAAUUAAAUUGAGGUCAAAUUUUUGUAACCUAGGUUAACGUUGAUUUCCAUUUUCCUUUGUGUCCUUACCCUAAUCCAUGAAUAAUUAGGGCUAAGAGACCAAACAAUUGAGAAUCAACCUAAGUGAGAGAAUUUUAAUGUGAAUUUAAUUUUGACCUUUAACAUAGACUUUUCGGGGUUGUCAAAAGUAGCUGGCCGCCGGCAAAAAUCAACGUGUACUUGGUUAGUAUCGGCCAGAUACUCUGCUUGGCAUUUCUUUACGGAUGGCGUUUUUUAAAUUAAAUAUCCCUGGACUGGCCGCUUACUUUGACAUCUUAGCCUUCUACUUCAAAACUUUCUGACAACUUAGCCUGCGAAAACAUCCGUUUCUCCUCGCUCUUCGCCGCUGGGGACGUUUCACGAGGAGGAACGUCUGCGACUCAGCGACAUAAAUUCCAUACUGAUGACGCAAAUCAAUGUUUACAUAAUGAAUCCGGUAGUCAUAGGGUUCCAAAUAUAAAUUUGUCAAAUUUUGCGUGUCUUCUGGUCGAUUUUGGUGAAGUGUUGUGUUCAUCUGCCAACGAGCUCCAGCAAGACUCAAAUGCUUCUUUUAGAGAAGACUAUAUUAUUAUUCCACAAAUAUUGACUGUUUUGUUAGAGAUUCUUCGCGUUUACGUUUGACCUUUGUGGCCUUUUGUCUUUUGUCUGUCAUUCGUAAAUAAUAGCUAAAACAAUGUAACUACUCCGUCGACCAAUCAGCGCUUCUGACUGGAUUCUGGACAGAUUUUACGUCAUCAGUAUGGAAUUUCUGUCGCUAAGUCGCAGACGUUCCUCCUCGCGAAACGUCCCCAGCGGCGGAGAGUGAGGAGAAACAGACGUUUUCGCAGGCUACUGACAACCUUGCUUUUAUAAAACAGGUUGAGUCUGGUGGGUUGGGGUUGAAAAUCAUUAUUGUACCAAGACUUGCUAGAGUUAACAGAAUUCCUUUGUUCUUGAAGUCUAUCACUAAAUUGAGUGUUGUCUUUUGUUAUAUUAGAUGUUAAUAGCAUUCCUUACUUAUUAUUCUUAGUUGCUGGUGUUCACAUAAUUGUCACCAUGAAAGGCAAAACAGACACUAGUUAACGGUUAUCCAUUUCAAGAGGAUAAGCGUCUCUUAUCCAUUCAAACUCUUUAAAAAAGCCAUUUGGAGCAAUUGAUCAACCCUUUGAUUGGUUUGCAUAUCCGUUAAAAAAAAUUGGCAUCGGUUUGAAUGGAUUACCUAUCCGUUUGUAAAAAAGAAGCUUCUGUUUGAAGGAUAAUUGCAGCAUCCGUUUGAAUGGUUAAGACGCCUGUUUGAACAAUUUUUUAUGAAAAUGAUUUUAUAACUAUGUCUUAUAUAGUUGUUGCAAGGAAUAAAUAGCAUCAUUUGUUUUCCCAUCAAUGAGCAGAGAAUUUUUUUUUCAUUAGUGAACUAGACUAAAAGCUGUCAUGUCGCCCAGCGAUGAGACAGAAAUCAAAAUACUCUUUUGUUUUUCAGUCACGAGAAUUUUUAUAAUUACUUCAACUAAAAUAACAGAUAAACAUCGCCAGUUUUGUUUGGAAUGAUUAUUUCCCAGACAGUUUAUCAGUGUUUUUAACAAAUCCAUUUGACAGUUUUAUUCAUCUGUUCGAAUGGUUCGCCAAUCCGUUUGAAAAAUUUAUUCAUCCGUUUGAAUGGUUAGUCAAACCAUUCGUCGAACACUUUGUAGAACGUUCAUUAACCGUUUGUUAUCUGUGCAUUUUUUCCAUUCGAAUGGGUUUCUGUUAGUGUCUGUUUUGCCUUUCCAGUCACAAUUAUUCAUUUCAUUCAAAUGAAGACUUUGUAAUGGCUUUACACCACAAUACAUUUGAACUGCCAUUUAUUAUGAGGGCGGCCACCCUCAGGGUAGCAGCAAGUAGGAUACCGUAUUUAUUCGAUUAAUUGCCCUGGGCGCUUAUUAAAUUUUUGGACCUUGAGAGUGGGCGCUUAUUCGAGGCUGGGCGCUUAUUAAAUUUUCAGCAUUUUCAGCAAGUGUAGUAUGUUUAUUUUGCAACAAAACAAUAAAUGGUAAUGACAAAAUGCGAAGAUGUAACAGAGUAAGGUUCCUGUAAAAUACUUAAAAGAAAUUUUUGUCUUUGGGGAAGUCUCUUAUUGGUACUUAUUCACUUUUUGGGGGGUGUUGUGGGGGUGGUCGAUUAUUUGAGUUUAAGUAGGAGUGGGAGGGAGGUUGGGUGGGGUGGGCGUUUAUUCGAGGCUGGGCACUUAUUAACUUUUUCUGCCUUCAGGCCUUCAGGAUGGGCGCUUAUUCGAGGUGGGCACUAAGUUGAGGUUGGGCGCUUAUUCGAAUAAAUACAGUAUACAGCAUAAUUUUUUGCAUAAUUUGUCUUUUAGAGGCAGCAUAGUUUUCACCUAUUUUCCAAAAAAAGCUCUGCUAAGCAUAUUUUAACUUUUGUUUUGCUGCCCAAAAUUGUCUUUUCAUGAAUCAUGCAACCAACUUUUUUGACCUGGGAUAAGUGUUGCAGGCAAAUUUAAGAAACCAACUUUUAGGGUGUUUGUAUUCACAUUCAUGGGACCUAUGUCCCACAAAAAGUGACACAGGACUCUUUCCGCAAGGCUCAUCAUGUGCACAUAACAUGCUCGGUUACCCAAGAUCAUGUCAGCGUGCGAGUUGUUAUUUUUUUAAAGUUUUUAUAGUUAACAGACAAUAAAUUAUGCACUUUUUACAUGUAGAUAUAAAUAAAGUUAUUUGUAAUUGUCAUUUGUUUUUUCUCCAUAGUUAUUGAGGUGUUUUUAUCAAAUUUAAAGUAAAAAGAAAGAGCAUAAUUUCUGCAUUUUCUACUAAAAUGAUCAUGAUUUACAAAAACUAGGAUAAUUAUUGGCAUAAUUUUAGAAAUAUACGAGCAAGUUGCUAGUAGCAUAUUAUCUUUCUCUUGUGAGCACAAUCUAUCAAAGCCCAGUGGCAAGUGGCUGUUAAUAUAAGAGGUUGGCAGCACUGCAUAACCUUUAGCAGAAACUUACUGUACAUAAAAACCUCCUGGAGCAAGGGCGAGAACCACCAAAAAACCUCAACCCAAAUAUCAGCCUCAGGAUUUCAGCAAUAGGUGUGAGACCUAUGCUGUGAGUUGUUGAGUCCCUGUGGGUGUUACUUCAGGACUUUUUAGGUGGAAAUGUGCUGCAGCGACCCUAGAACACUAAAUCUAUUCGGGACCUACAAUCAUGGACAAAAGUCCUUGGGACAGUAAUGCAAUAUUCAUAUUUUUUUGUCAUUUCUGGGUUCCCUCAUAAAACAGUUCAUCCUUUGAAAUUUUCUUGCAGUUUCCCCUCCCCCCACCCUAUGCAAAGUUGAAACUCGAAAAAAAUUCUGGAUACAUGCAUCCAACAUUGUUUGUGGGGUGAGGGGAGAGGUAAUGGGCCUAUGUGAAUUGGAAAAUUCCCCAGAAAUGCAAAAGUGUCCCAAGACUUUUGUCCAUGAUUGUAGCUAAGUCAGCUGAAUUUUGCUACCCUAUACUAGACUUAUACUGUAACUCUCAAAAAUCCUCCCUAUCGUAGAGGCGCAAAUUGAAUUGGGGGAAAAUUUUUAUUUCCAGAUUUCAUUUUUUGACUGUCAAUUCCCAUUUUCGCUAGUGUAGACUAAAAUCUUUAGCUAAUUGAUCAGUUUUUUGGAAAACCCCAACUCUCUGAUUUCUAUAUCCUAUCCUAGUCAACUAAACGUCUUAAAAAACAAACCCUUCACAGCAGCACAUGUCUAUGUAGCUCAUAGGGCAGUAUCCCCCGCCCCCCCUCUCCCUGGGUUGGGACAUGACAAGAGUUGGCACCAGGUAUAUAGGACUCUCUUCUACAACACAUUGAGGGGACUGGGGCUAGGAUGUAAUCUCCUAAAAUCAAUACCUUAAAACAUUAUUGUCAUGAUUUCAGGUAUCCGUAGACUUCAGCUGAUUCUUCUCAAGGUGUCUCUUAUUCUUGGCGUGCAAGUUUAUCCAAAGUGUGGGUUUAUAAAGCUAGUGGAACCUACAGAUGGUAAGAAUUUUAUACAUGUUUGCUUUCAUUUUACAACAUUGUUGCCGCACCAGCAUGAAAUUUUAAAACUAGAGUAAAACAGGAAACAACAAUAACAACAACAAUCAAAAAAACAAAUGACAAGGACAGAGCAAGGCUUCAAUGACAAGUCCCAUUAACCAUGACUUUACACAAGAUUAUUUAUGUUGAAAAUCUAUUUAAACCUAACAGAAUAUCAUGUUAACUACUGAGCCAUAGACCAAAAUAAUGAGCUUCAUGGCACUUAAUGCAAGUGAUUUUUAUUGGAAUAAUGUGUAAUUUAAAUAGAAGUUUCAAAAGUUUUUGGGCGACUGGGUCCUGCUAGAGCACAGCUUGUUGUUUGUACUCUGGACUAUGAUCAGGUCUUCUAAUGAAGAUUACAAGGGAGCUUACGUACAGCUCUCUGACUGCAAAAGUCUUUUUAAAGAUAACUUUGCCAUUCCUUUUAAUCUGCACAAAUAUUAGGACACUGAUGAUGACUCUUUAAUUGUUUUGAACCUGAGUACUAAAUAAGAGCCCCAGGAAAGUUUGCCUGCCUUGAAAUGAUAAAGCUAUUUAACAUAAAGUUAUUACAAGUUUGAAAGGACUCAUAUUUUCUUAAUUCAUGCUGUUACAGUACUUGUGGUUUUAUGUAAAUGCCUACACCAGUUAGUUGCACGUGGCAGUGACCAACUCGAAAGCCUAAGCUCCUUUGGUCACUACGCACAUUUGACCUUUCAUGAUUUAUGUAGUUUGUUGGGUUUUUUUUUUCUUGCUUUAGUAAUGUAUUGUAAUUUUUGUAGUAACCUCUUGCAAAUAGUGCCAUAAAAAUAAUAAAAAACCUUAAUCUGCAUCUGAAACCUGUUGUUUCGACGAUUAUCAUGCGGGCUUUGCCUUGAUGAUAUUGCUGUCUUAUGUCAUUUCUGUGCUCAAGUCAUUAUAUACUUUUUACCUUUACACAUUUCCUAAUUCCGUUAUGAUAAAGGUAUUGAAAAAAUUUCACCAGGGAGCACAAACCAUAAUAUUUUUCACAAAUUUUUGAAGGCAUUGUAUUUAAACCCAACUUUUUCAAGUUUCCAUCCAUUUUCCAUCCUUGCCAUCUGUAGCGUCAGAUGACAGGAAACAGUUUCAAUGCUAAUAAUAUAGUCUAUAAAUUGUAGCAAGUGGACCAUACUGAUCAACACAUAUUCAAGCUUUUCAAAAAGAUAGCAAAUAGUGUGACAAUAGACCCUUUAAAAGUCCUUAUAAAGGAGUGGUUGCAUGCCCUUUACAGUUAUUGUUUAGUUAAUCUUUUUUGGUUUUGAUUUGUGUUAUAUUACAGCACAUGGAUGGAGAGGAGCCUUUGAUCCACCAUCUCAUACCCUCAACAAAUUUGAUUUUGACAUCAUUGUGGGGGCAGAUGGUAGGCGAGCGGCAUUGAAAGGCUUCAAAGGGAAAGAAUUCCGUGGUAAACUUGCUAUUGGUAUUACUGUGAACUUUCAGAACAGAAACACAAAAGAGGAGGCAAGAGUCGAGGAAAUCAGUGGAGUGGCAUUCAUCUUCAAUCAGCAGUUUUUUCAGGACUUGAAAGAUAACACUGGUAUUGAUCUGGAGAACAUUGUUUAUUACAAAGAUGAGACACAUUACUUUGUUAUGUGUGCCAAGAAAAAGAGCUUACUUCACAAAGGAGUACUGAAAAAGGUGAGGUUUACUAACCUUGAACAAUAAGAUAUCCACAUGUUAUGGGAAUUUUAAUAAGCAGUGAAAAAUUUUAGCUCUCGUUGCAGAAGUCAAUGAACACAUACUGCAAACAACCAAUUAUUAAUUGAAUAUUCAAGAAUGGUAUCACAUACUGGUAUAUAGUAUAUGACUAUAAGUAUCUUAACAUAUUGUGUAUUCACACUGAUGUCUUCUGAAGUCUUUCUAGUCUUUCUAGAUCCACAUUGAAGACUAUACCAUUGUCUUCUUUUAUCCACAUCAAUUCAAACUUCAAGUGGCUUUAAUACAUGUUUAUUAAUAUAGGUAAAUCCUCUAUUAAGCCCCCUCUCUAAUUAGCCCUCUCUUUUCAGGGGAAGGAAGUUAAUAAACCCACUCUACUCUCCCUCUUAUUAAUCUUCACUAAUAAAUGAUAUACUGUAUUAAUCAAUCACAAUUCAGUAACAGUUCUCGUGGACUGAUCCAGGAUGGUUUAUUGGUUUUUGGCUGCAAGACCUCCAACCUCUUGACUUGAACUUUUACACUUUGCAUUCUAGUUGUAUAUGGAGAACUGAUACCAUCAUUUUUGCUAAAUUAAAUAAACCCCUCCUCUCAAAUAAGCCUCCUGUUUCUAUUAUUAAUCAAGCGCCUCCUUCAAAUGUGUUUGAAAUAAGUAAGCCCCCCGGGGGUUAAAUAGGAGAUUUACCAGGGUUUUUGUUAAGAUUUGAAGUCGCAGGGACAAAUGUAGCAAUAGCAGGGACGAAAUAUGGCGGUGGAGCCACCAUCUUGGCACACAGUACCAAGUUGGGGUAGGUGUGGGAGGGGGGUCGUCGCUACUCUACUGGGGGGGUUGGGGGCCACUCCCUAGAAAAUUUUAGAAUUUUUGAGGCCCCAGGGUGCAUUUUGGGCCAUACUACGGCAAAACAUGGUGCAAAACAACACGUAUAAACUGUAAUGUUCCACAUUGUUAUUCGGUUUGGGUUUAACAACAGGGAAUAAAAUUAUGAACAUCUAUAAGCGCAGCCUUAAAAAAUAGCCGGGACGAAAAUUGAAAUAGCCAAGCAAAGGUCCUGGUGUCCCGGGUCUAACAAAAACCCUGGAUUUACGGUAGUUACCUUGACGAAGGUAGUGUGUUCUUUUUAGCAGGUGCAUAGGUCAGGCCACCAUGCAAAUCAUGUGACUGCUGGACCCAUACUGAUUCAAGUUUAUCAUUUCUUAAAAUUAUAUUGCAUUUUAGCCUCAGUAAACUCAUCCACAGAGAUAAGGGUGUGGGGGGGGGGAGGUGCCUGAGAGGGCUGUGAUUAGGGUGCCCGUGCAAAUCACCAACAAGAGAGACAUAUGUAGCUGGCCAGCACUGUAUUGAGUUUAAUGUAGCCCAAAUUAAUUCAUUUAGCCACAUUUAACUUGUUUUUUUUCUGUAUAAAAUUUUCAUGGACAGGAUUUCCAAGAUGCUUAUGACCUUCUUCAAACAAACAAUGUCAAUCAUGAUAAGCUGUUAGCCUACGCCAGAGAAGCGGCCAACUUCUCAACUAACAAUCAGCUUCCAAAUCUUGACUUUGCUUUGAAUCACUACCACAAAGAGGAUGUUGCUAUGUUUGAUUUUACAUCCCUGUACCACUCAGAACAUGCCGCAAAAAUCUAUGAAAGAAGAGGACGACGCCUACUUGCAACAGUUGUGGGAGACAGUUUACUGGAGGUAUGGGUUUGGUUGAUCUUAAAGUGUGCUUUAAGUCGUAUAUUAGUAAUAAUGCUUUGCUAUCCUCUUCCCUCAUGGGAAUUUUCAGAGAUAAUGAAACAUUCAAAUAAUUUAAAAUGAAACAACAUCGUUAAAAAUCCCAACUGGUAUGAGGUGAACCAGUUGCCUAUUUUACAAGCAUGGCCGAGGAUUUGAACUCGGGACUGCCAACAACAAAUUCAGCUCGCAGUCAGAGCGGGACUUGACCUUGGGCUUCCGAAUUACAAGUCCUGGCCCUAGUUGUUCAAAAGGUGGAUAGCGCCAUCCACCAGAUAAAUCUCUGUUCAGUGGAUAGUGCAAUUGAUUUUGCUAAUGCUUAUUCACUAGGUAGAGAUUUAUCCGGUGGAUAGCACUAUCCAACUUUUGAACAACUGGGGCCUGCACUCUAACUGCUUGGCCACACUGCAUGUCUUCUGUUGUGAAGGUCUCUAAAUUGACUUGUUACUGUUUUAGCCCUUCUGGCCUACAGGAUCAGGCUGUGCAAGAGGUUUCUUGGGAUGCUUUGAUGCUGCAUGGAUAAUGAAAGGCUGGGGACAGGGGCGAGAACCAUUGGAUCUUCUUGCCGAAAGAGACAGCAUUUUUCGUCUCCUUGCUCAGACAACUCCUGAAAACAUUUCCAAGAAUUAUGAAGAGUUUAGUAUAAACCCCGCCACACGGUACCCUAAUUUAAACAAGUCAAGUGUUUCUCACAACAGAGUGAAGCAUCUGUUUGACAAUAAACCCGGGCCUAUAGACCAAGAUGAUGGACCAGAACCCAUGGACACCAGUAAGGAUGUCAGUUCUGUUGAAGGAGGAGGUAAGAGAAGAAAGGAUGCAGGGCUCGGACUAAAAAUGUCCCUUCCAGUAGUCCAGUAAUCCACUUUCAAAAUGAGGCUAGGUGCACAACCUUCCUUGUGAAAAUGAGUUUUAUUUGCAUGAGAAUGAAAAAUGAUUUUCAUAUCAAAGGCUGAGCACCUACCCUCGUUUUGAAACAGAGGCCCGGGGGAACUCAGAAAUGGCCUAUUGGGGCUUAAAGGGUUAAAAGCUUAUUUGCCUAGUGGGCAAGGGUCCUGGGGCUUGUUUCUCGAAAGUCCCGGUAAUUCAAAUCGAAAUAUAAAGAAUAAGAGCGCUGCUCCUGGCUAGCAAACUACUCCAUUAUUUUUGUUUCAUUAACUGAUAGAUUUGUCAUGUUAGAUCCAAAACUAUUAAAACAUCGAUCUUUAAUGUAAACGGAGACAGCUUACCGGGCCCGUUAAUUAUCGGGACUUUGGAGAAACGGGUCUCAGGAAGAAAAGUCAUCCUCUAAGAAAAAUUGUUAACUAAGACGAGCAAGGAGUGACCCUGGGAAAGCAAAAUGGGAGUUGCCCAAAAGAUAAGCUGGAAUUUAAUUUUAGUGGCUUCUAGUAAAAGCCGCAAGUGACUGAUCAAUAGCCAGAUUGCCUUAUGUUUGCUUGUCAAACAAAUGGAGAAUUUGACAUUAGAGUUUGGGUUACCUAGGGCGUUUAAGAGCCUGAUAAUAUUUAAAAACAUUCUAAGAAUCAUUAAUUCUCAACAGUGAUGGACAGUUUAAUAGACUGUCAUCAUUUUAAAUCUUUUCCUUUUAGUUAAUGCUCGGAUGCUUCUAAAAUGGUGUCAAGAACAAACAAGAAAGUACAAGAAUGUGAAGAUUAAUGACAUGUCAACAUCGUGGCGGAGUGGACUUGGUUUCUGUGCCAUCAUUCAUCGAUACAGGCCUGACCUCAUGUAAGUGGCUUCUCAUGUUUUAACCUUGGGUUCAUUUAAAUGAUUUUUCAAACCCUCUGGUAGUUUUCUUAGAUUUAUUUGUUAAGUUUUCUUCAUGGUGAGAAUUUCUGAGAAGGUCCUUUGCAAGAGACCACGGUGCAAUAGCUAUGGACCCUUAGCAGUACAGGAUUGUUGUCAGGCAGCGGAAUGAUAUAUACAAGUAAUUGAAUGAGAGAAACAGGCGGUUGUUGACUCCCUUUAGUCCUGCCUCUCGAGUAACUAUAACUGUUUUGUCAAGGAACGGAUGAGGUGGCCUUCGUGAGCAGAUAUUUUGACCUUAUUAUUUGUUCUGUUUUUAGUGAUUAUGCAUCUCUAUCACCUAAAGAUCAUUUGGCAAACCUGCAGUUGGUAAGACCAGUCUACAUGCCUACUAAUCUAGUUACUAUCUUGUCAAACUGUAAGUUAAAAGUUAAUGAAAGAUGUUUGUCUAACAAUAUUCUAUUUUUAUUGAUCAUAACGUACGUUUGAACCCUUACUGCCGGUUUUCAUCAGGUGUUUACUGGUCACUCUAAAUUGUAACACAGGCAGUCAAUAUCGUUUGCUGAUGCAGAUUAGCAGAACGGUAUUUACUUGAAAAACCCUGUGGCGCUUAUUUAUUUUUCGACUUGUUGGUGCAGCCCUUACGUGUGGGCAUUGCUUCAGUAUACAAAACCUCCCAUUUGCGAAUGAAGUAAUACUAAUUUUUUCUUUGUUUCGUCCUUUUUUGUUCUCAAUUAUAAAGGCACAUGAAAAAUCUUUCUUCAUUUAGUCAUACCGGAAUCAAUCAUGUCUAAAAGUAUACCGAAAAAAGGUUGCAUUGCUGCCAAAUUUGGGGACGGGACUUUUUAGUUUUCUCCUAAGAGCGACGAUUUAUAUUUUUUUUUUCGAGUGGGGCGUGGCCUGCGCGUAGUUCCAAGAAGACGCCCUUCCGACUCAAUAUAGGAAGCGUCCAAAAUGUCCACUUUAAAAUCUUAAUGACUAUUGUAAGGUAAACGAUAAGCAGUUGGGCAAGGCUAAAUGUUUCGACUCGUAAGGUAUGCGUGUAGUAAAGAAUUAUUGUGCUUUUAAUUUCGUUCAGGCAUUUAAUGUUGCUGAAGAGCAUCUUGGCAUUCCUCCUCAAAUGUCUGCCAGUGAGAUGGUCAUGAAAGAUGUUCCUGAUACGCUGAUGAUAGUCAGUUAUGUGUCUCAAUACCAUGAAGUCUUUAAGAAUGAGACGCCAGGUAUUAUAGUGAUUCACUAUUUUUGUUAUUUUCGUGGGUCGUACCUGAGCUAAUUUGACGCUUUCUGGCGUUUCUUUGACUUCCAAACACUCUUCAGUUCAGGUCUACCGUUAAAAUAUAAACAGCAAGUGCCUCUUAAGCAUAGCAGUCAUUUUCACCUCCUUUAAGCCAAGUACAGUGGGGCAAGGGUGAAAAACACGCGAGGGUAAGAGCGAAAAACACGCGAGGGCAAGAGCUAAAAACGUGCAGGGACAAGGGCGAAAAAGGAACUAACAAUUAUGAGCGGUGGGAAGGGCGAGGGCCUGAUUGUUUUCUUUGCUCCUUUCCUUGCGUGUGUCGUUUGGCUAAAGGGAAAAGGAAACGACUGCAACGCGGGUUAUUACCGCUUCCUCUCCCCCACCCCCCACCCCCCGCCCUCCAUUACAGUCACAAUCUUGUCCUUAUUUAAUUCAUUUUUUUCAGUUUUGAUUCAUGAGUAACAAAUUGUCGUCCAAUAGGUCUGUAAUCGAGCACACUUGUUACUAAACAGAUUGUACUCUUGCGAUUUUGUGCAACCGUGCGGUUGAUUGAUGAUUGAAUUGGAAUACACGAAGCAUUAGAACAGUUGCACUUGAAUGUGUUUUGGAUUAGACUAAGCGAUAAACUCUUGUCCGUAUAAAAUUUGUCUUCAUAGUAGAUUCAUCAGGCCGCGGCUAAACAAUCAAACAUUUUCGUCCAACAUUGUAUUUGCCAUACACAACAUGGAUCGUCACUCUUGUAUGUUCUGGCCCAGACAGGAGUUGCGAUCCUUUGUUGCUGCCCCACAUGCCCAACGGCAUUCAUGGGCGUGAGUGAGUGAGUGAUACAGUGGACUCUCUCUUAACGGACACCUCUAUAAGACGGACACCUCUGACACUUAGAGUUGGUCCCUGCCUUUCUUUACUCCCUUUAUUUGACUCUCUAUAAGACGGACACCUCUGUCAGACGGACACUCAGUGCCGGUCCCAAAGGUGUCCGUCUUAUAGAGAGUUGACUGUACACAACAUGGAUGGGUGGCUAAACGAUCAAUUAUUGGUUUGUGAUGCAUUCUGUUGGAUGUAAAUGUUUGAAAGCCUUUUAAACGAAAUUUUGAACGAAGAGGUUAAAAUCCAGCAUACUGUUUACAAGACAACGAAUAAUUACUGACGGAAUUGAACUACACUACAGCUUAUAACUAUUCUUAAUCAAGUAUGCCCGACUGAUUAACCAACAGUUGCCGCGGAAGGGAAGAAAUUGGCUCCAGAGCAGCAUGAGUUUAGGGCCAAAUCUCCACUUUCCAAGCUAUCAGUGUUAACGAGAGUCUCUCGUCGCACUCACAAGGUUGGUCAAUACUUGAUAACGCUUUUUAAUCUUAAAAUAACAAAGCACCGUAGGUAGUACAGCGUCGUUGAAAAAAAAUUACCUCUUCUACCGGAAAUGAAAAUUCCUUUUUUGCACGAACAAUGAAUAUAAUUCGACAGUUUUUAUUUUAAAGGGGAUUUAUCAGUAUUUUUUUACACGAAAUUAAUCAAAAUGAGAAAGGUACUUCUUUCGUCGCCAAAUUGUUGUUUCCUCUUUCACGAUCUAAUCUAUACGUGCAUUUAGUUUGACUUUUGAGAUUGUUCUGUUUUCUGAUGUUGAAGAAACAUUCCUUAUUGCAGGAGAAAAGGCGAAGCGAAGAAGCUCUUGACAUAGUUCCAAAAAGAAAAAGACCUGCAGUAUCCAAGGUAAGAACUUUACUUUUACCAAUUUUCAUGCUAAAGUAAGACGCCCUAAAAUUAAAAGCGCGAAUCAAGGUACUACAUUAUUGACGCGUGUGUUAGUAAACAAUACACAUAAUUAUUAUAGACGCUGUAAGUCACAGACUUGGUGGCAGUAGUUUUGGCAGAUUUGUUUUGUCAAAGUUUAUUGCCAACUAUUGUAAAUCAUAUUUGCAUGCCAUCACUUUGACACUGGCAAACUUGUCAUCGCGACAUUUGCGUUCCCUUUGAAUCUACUCCACUUCUUUCCAUCCUUGCUCCAUUUGGCAUUUCGUUUUCCGUUUGUAUUUUUCGAUAAUUUAAGGCGGUCGUUUCGAUUUUAAGUGUGUUUUAAUACUGCAUAAUGAUGUUUUCUUUGGUUAAAAUCAUCGUUUUACGGUCAUCUCGCCAGCGAACUAUCUCGCCACCAACGAAAACGCCACCAAGAAGUCUACUCAUCUCGACAUAAUAACUCUGCAACUCUUGGUUAAUAUUGUCACUUGAACCUUACCUCCUUGAUCAAUUUCAUUGGGAAUUUAAAGUGAAAGAAUUCUUUUCAGAGACUUGUCCUUUCGAUAAGUAUUAAGAUAUUUAUUUCUUGGUGGUGAUUUCGAUGGUGACGAGAUGGUUUGAUGGCGAGGUGUCCGGAUAUCAAAUCAACUUCUUGACCACUUGUUUGCUUACAGGAAAAUGAAGAGAAUGUGGUUCCUAUGGAUACCUCACCACCAUGCAAAGUCUCGUCCCAGGGCCCAGCUGUCACCACUGGUAAAGCUAGUAACCGCAUCAGUGCUUUAGCGGAGCAAGUCUUCGGACCUGGCGGAGGUAACAAGGUAAGGCGACAAGAGAGUCCGCAAUCCUAAUCUCCAGGUUGUUAUUACGCAUGCGUCGCAUAUAUGUAGCCAACAUUCGUUUGAACUUCCACUAAGAAUGAAUGGAAUACACAGAACGCAAUUUGAUCACGAGCGUCUCGACCUUCUACCCCUCGUAAUUUGAUCACUCGUGUUUUGACCAUCUGUCACGCGAAACUGACGCAAAGCACAGCAUUGGAACAAAAGCGGUUGGACCUUCGAUUGUAGUCACCCGUACUCCCUAACCUUUAGUUAUUACUAGUUUGAAAGCAUUUAUAUUAGUGCAUACUCCACAGGCUUUCCCAAGGCUUAUUGGGAAGCACGGUGCUGGAGACGAGUGAGAAGCGCGAGAGCUGGAGACCAGUGAGAAGUGCGAGAAAGAGAUCAUGGGAACGACCGCGGAGCGCGACCGGGGAGUGAUGGGAAGGCAAGAGAGAAAGGGCAUUUUCCCCCUUCCCAUCACCACCAUCUUAGAUUACUUCUAAUUACUUUAUUUUAUUUAGGAAGAGAAGGAAUAUAUGUCCUUUGAAUGAAAUUUGUUUCUCCAGAACCCAUAAGAAUCCGUAAGGCAGCUCUGAUUUCGUUCGUUUUAGAUAACAAAUACUAAAUUUGUGCAGCAUAAAAUAUUGAUUAAGAACACUGUUUCACUUCCGCUGUUGGGUAUCAGACUGCAUUUCUACGAGGUCUUUCGCGAUCAACCUACGUUAAUUUCUAUGGCCGUUGUGUAUCAAUGUUAAGUUAUUCCUUUUGCCGAGGAAUUGUCCCACAACAUCCUUCUCUGUAGAGAUAAAUCUUGGAUUGACAUCUUGGAAAAUGAGGACUCAUAGUGAGACAUUUCCACAAUUAUUACUAGAGUAAAUGUUUCAAAUAACUAUACUUGACAUAAAAUGCAUGUAAUGAUAAGGAUCGAAGGAGUAACACGCAACUACUGCUGUCCGCCAUGUUUCGGCUGUCCCUCCAAACGAUCCCUGGAUCCUUUGCAGUGAGAAGUCGUACCAGUUCCCUGCUCGCUUAGAAGAUGGCCAAUUGCGCCGAUGUUGUGUUUGAGAGCAAAGCGCCCUUUAAAUUUCUUUCUUAUUUUGUUUUCUUUUUAGAGCAAUGUCCCUUCAGUUAGGGACUCCAGUGAAAUGUGUUUCUUCUGUAAACGGCGUGUUUACCUGAUGGAGAGAUUAUCUGCUGAGGGACAUUUCUUCCAUCGCGAAUGUUUCCUGUGCGAGAACUGUGGCUGUACUCUGAGGCUUGGUUCCUACUCCUAUAUACCUCCAACAUCACCCGGCGAAAAAGGCCACUUCCUAUGCCACUUACAUUAUGAUCAAUUGCUGUAUAAGAUGCAGGAGGAGCCUGUUGGUAUGUUUAGAUAAAGUCACACCUGUGUGUAUAGAGUGUUUUCAUAUGACGUCACGGCGGCCAUGUUGGUGUCCCAAAUCAAUGAAUCGGCGGCCAUGUUGGUGUCCCAAACCAAUCCUCUGGGAGUUGAACUCUUUUCUUAUGCAAACUCUUUCUUCUGUUCCAAUAAAUUUGCCUCGAUGCUGACCACGUGAGUGAAAACACUCUAUAGCUAUCAGGUUAUCUUUCUUACAAAAUAGAAUCUAUACAGAAAUUGAGAGCACUAAAAAUAAUAUUCUCAUACGCUGGUGGGGCUAGAGCAAGCGCGGAUGGAGACCCUUACGUGUAGAAGAACACAGUUAUGUACGCAGUAUAUGUGCAAACUGAUGAAGAACCUAAACCGUCCUCUUCAUCAUCUUCUACUGCUGUUAGGAAGUUUCUACUUGACGUUUAUUUACUUUUUCAUGUCAUGUUUUUCUCUGCAGAUGAAGGUCAGGUACCGGGAAAAGGAAGACCAAGACUUACGAAAUCUAAAUCGGCCGCACCUAAUACCUUGUUUAAGAAUGUUGAGGUAACCUUUCAACCUGAUGACAGGGAAGCUGUCAGUUUUGAGCCAAAACCAGAGUGCGACAAUGCUAAAAUAAAUGGCUUCCAUGACGAUCAAGAAAUAUUAGGCCGGGAGGACAAUGAUGGAUCGCGAGUUAAACACGAGCGAUCCAAUUCUUUCGGAAAAUAUAAACGUCUAGAAGCGCGUCCGUUGAGACGAUCAAGCAUAGCCUCUGUGCGAAAGUCUGAUAAAACGGUGCGAGAUAAAGGGGUAGGCUACACAUUUAGUGACGGACUAGUGGAUGACAGAGGCGCAAAGAGAGAUGGGCGUCCUCUGCAAAUGCCCUCCCGGAAUGGAACUCGCAAAGCGGUCGAGUUUGAGCGGCCUUCCACUCCUGGCUCCUCCACAGGGACACCAGUCAAAGAAGUGACUGUGGAUAUCAACAUGGAGGAACCGCUUGCUGAUGAAAGGAAGAAGAAAGGAGAAGAAGAGCGAAAAAGCGUCAUUGACGCCGUUAAGACUGCAGCUGCUGGCAAAUCGUGGUUGAAAAAGCAAGACGCACAGGAAGGAAUGGUUCAAAAGCUUGGGACAUUAGAGAGGAGGAAAGCAAAGUCGCGGAGAGCCAUGUAUCCCCCGUUAUCGACUUACUUCAAUCCUGAGGACAAGGACACACAGGACGCUUUGGAAGGAAUCAGUCAAAUUACCAGGGGACAACAGCACAUGCAUGUUAAGAUGGUUGACAUUUCACUCGAGGAUGACAAUCCUUCCUCUACGGGGAAUAAAGCCGUUGACCAAGGAAAGACUAGGCCCAAGACGGUUUCUAAAGCAACUGCUAAUGAACCAACCUCCCCACCCAGACCUUCAACUUCACCGACCUCUCCUACGUCACCGUCUUAUUACAAACCGGGAAAAGUUCCCGGACGUUCCUUAGUCGCAGCUCGAGCAGCCAGGUUGACAAAUUUGAUCGCCAAUGACUUCCGACCUCUACCCGUGAAAGAUAAAUGGGAAGAAAAAGAGGAGAGGAAAAAUGUCUCUGCCGUUAAGAGUGAGCCAUCUAACAAGAGUGCAAGAGAGGAACAAGCUGCGCCUGCGGGCAGUCCCAGCGCGCAGCGGCGCUCUUUACCCAGAGUUCCUGCGGAGGAACCAUUUCACUCUACCAAGGAAACAACGAAGAUUGUCCAGCAAAAACAGAAGGGUAGAAAAGGUUUCCACUUUGGGAAAGGUAAAAAGCAGGAUAAGAAGACGGACAAAGAAGAUAUGGGGUUUGUUGUCGUGGACUUAAACGAUGGAUUAAGCACGCCCGAGAAAGGUAUGUGGCAAAUAUCAUGUAUUAAUUGUUAUGCUAUCCAAAGGGAUAUUAAAUGCCUCUCCGUUUAGAAUUUACUAACCGUUCAAACUAUUUUUUGUCAUCAUUUCAACUUUAUCAACUAGAGAAGUCUUGUCAAUAAGACCAUGUUAUGACUGCCCAAAAUGUCUUCUUUCAUGGAAGGUUUUUCCGAUAAAAAAUAUCGCAUGGCACCAAAUGGAUAUUGGGAGUAUGAGUAAGGGACGAAUGAAAACCUUCCGGCUAGUCGGCUUUUGAUACUCAUGUCUGUAACAACAAGUAUUCGUUUUUUAUUAUAGUCAAGGUGAAACAGACUGUAAACGUAUAACAACCCAUAACGUAACAUAACUUAAUACAAUAGAACGUAACAUAACGUAACGUAACGCAGCAUAGUAUAACAUAAACUAACAAAGAGUAACAUAACAUAACAUCACCUUUAUUUAAACUUCGGAAUUACAGAGCAGCUGUAAAAGCUAACAUCUCCAUGAGUUAUAUCUUUCUGUAGGCAGUUAUGUUCGAUCCUCUCGUUGUUAUUUUGUUGGUAAAACUCUCUUUUUAGCUAACGGUGGUAUUUAAUUCUCCAUAGAAGCGAUUCGGAAGCAGGAAGAAGAAGAGUUGUUUUCAGAAUCAAGCGAAGACGAUCUUUUAGAUGAGAACAGUCCCAAGCUACAACGGGCAAACGCCAGGCGAUUUGGCAAGGUGAGGUUUAUUGUCAUAACAGGAGGGGUAUAUUUGAUGUCGAGAGUAGAGACAGUUUUCAGUGAUUCUAGAAAAAAAAAAAGAACUAAAAGAAAAAAGGGAAAGAAUGGAGGGAGAGGCUGUGUCGGUAUUGUGUCAAACUGCACUGUGGGAUUUUUGGGGACGAAUUUUGAGGCAGUUUCUUGCGCAACCUGGUAUUAGCCAGUAAGCCGAUACAUUCCCAUAGUGCAAUACGAUGCAGCACCGACCCCACUCUACCCCAUCCAGUUCAAAUAAUUCAUUCAGUGAUAUUCUAGUUCCAGCAGCAUAUAUUCUUGAUGUUUGUCCUAUCUGAAACUACAAUCAUGGAGAAAAGUCUUUGAGGCAGUAAUGUAAUAUUCAUAUUUUUUUGUCAUUUCUGGACUCCCUCAUAAAACAGUGCAUCCUUUUCGAAAUUCUCUUGCAGUUCUCCCUCCCCCACCCUAUACAACGUUGAAACUCGGAAAAAAAAACACUCUGGAUACGCGCGUCCAACGUUGUUUGUGGGUGAGGGAGGGGUUGGGCCUGUGUGAAUUGGAAAACACCCCAGAAAUGCAAAAGUGUCCCAAGACUUUUGUCCAUAAUUGUAGUUUCUUGGGUCCAGCCUCCACAGGUCUCCGAUAUUUCAGUUUGUGAGCGGCUUGUCUAAUACUACAUGAUUGGUGUUGUUGCUUCAUGGUGGUUCUGGCAGAGAAUUUGGCCCAUGUAUAUUAUAUAUUAUAUCGAUUCCUUAAUGAAAUUUUGGCGAGGAAAUAAGUAAUUACUGUCUUUAAUGUGGUUUUUCUAGCCAAGACGAAAUACGGAGUCGCCAGAUGAUAAGUUGAAAAAACGCGAACAAGCAAAGAUUCGUAGUGCCAUGAAACAACGCGAAUCCAAGCGACUGCGCAUGGCACAGUCCAUCCAGCGAGAACUGGAAGAAACGGCUGUCAAACAAGCAGAUUUGGAGCGAGAGGGAGUCGUUGUUGAAAAAGCUCUGCGUAGUGGAGGCGGUGAGUACCUUCACUCUCUCAGUCAACAAAGCAGUCAAUUGAUCGAUCGAUCAGUCAGUCAGUCCGUUAAGAAAACAGGCUGUCAACCUGUCGUUUAGACUUGUAAGCAGUCAAUCAGUCAGUCAGCCAGCCGUUGAUCUAUCAUUAAGUGUAUUAACAAGUGAGUCAAUAAGUCAAAUUAUCAAUGCCAGUGUCAACUAAUCAGUCGAUCAAUCCAUCGAUAAAUCAAUCAUUCCAUUACGAAAACAGUUAGUUAGUCCGGUUGUCAGGUGAUCUUUCAAUCAAUCAAUCCAAAAAUUAAUCAGUCAGUCAGCUAGUCAUUCACUCAGUCAGUCAAUACUCUGCCGUCUUUCCCGCUUCGCUACUGUUUUCUUUUCUUUUUUUUUUUCGACCUCUAGCUGUUUUCUGCACUCCGUUUCAGAAAGGAUACUGUUUUGUUGCUACUAAUUUGUUUAACGACAGCAAUCAGGCUGAAAUAUACAACCGCUGCGUGGUAGUAUUGAUGUGCCCUUAAUUUGGUUUCUAUUUACAGACACUGGAGCAGAAGAGCAGCAAUUAAUGUUACAGUGGUUCAAACUUGUAAACCGGAAAAAUGCGCUCAUACGAUAUGAAUCAGAAUUGGUAAUCCAGUAAGUACCCGGCUCUUUUUUGAGGAAGCUAUAUGUAUUAUUUACAUCUAAAUUUACCGUAAAAUUCCGAAAAUAAGCCCCGGGACUUAUAUUUUUCAAAGGCCCUUUUUGAGGGGUUGUCACUUGUUUUCAUCCGCCAAACUGACAUUUCCUGUCAGUGGCUCUCACAAGACAUUUCACUUUUCUUACAUGAAAUUCCUCUGUCUCUGGAAAUUUCUGUUCAUAAAAGUGUAAGUCUCUUCAAUUUUUAAGGGAAAAAAAUUUAGAAUUGUACUUUCGAUUUUCUGCAGUGCACCACUUUAAACCCUACACCACAGAGGAUUUGCUGACAAUGAAUGGUUUGAUUUGAAUAUAUAUAGCAACAACCCUAACCCUAACCCUUACUUUGUGUACGAAUCAUUAAUCUGUCAACGUCAGUUUGGCGGAUGGAAAUAAGUGUUGGCCUUUUUGAGGGGCUUAUUUUUGGAGGGGCUUAUCUACGGAGGGAAAUUUGCAUUUCAAAAUCGAUUUGGCUAGCCUUAUAGUUGGAAAUUUACCGUUUUUUUUACUUUGUAUUUGAGGGCAAUUUCCAAGUACAAGCCCUCGGGGACGGGGGGGGGGGCGAUUUAACGGAGGGUUUUUUGCGUAACGAGUUUGGGGGCUUAUAUACGGAGGGGCUUAUUUUCGGAAUUUUACGGUAUUUUGUUUGCUCCUGUUUGCCUCUUUAAUGAGGGGAAAUACAGAACGUCGGUAAUUCCAUCGCUCCAUGUAGAGUAAUGUCCGGAUUUCGGAAUCCGGAGUCCUCGGCUUUGGAAUGUAGGAUUCAGCCCAAGGAAUCUGGAAUCCCACUAUAGACUGAAAUCUGAAAUUCUAUUUUCACUGACAAGGUAUACUUUGAAUCCGGAAUCCACAGUGUGGAAUCAAGAAUCCAAUACUGUGUUGGAUUCCCGUACAUUUGGCGAUUGCCAUCUUACGAAGAUCAGGCAACUUGCCUAGUCUCUGUACGACGUUUUCCCACUCCCUCUCGAUCAAUUCACUUCGGUGAAGUAUCCGAGGCGAACGGGCGGGAAAAUACACAUCUUUGCUUGGAUCACAUGACCUGAAAGGCUUUGGCCGCGCGGAAUAAUGAGGCCUAGGGACUAGGAAAGCAACUUUCAUUUAAAUACAAAAACUUGAAUAUUUGAUCAGCCUCAACGGUAACCACGUACUUGCUUUUAAUUUGCAGUGCCAACUCUAUUCAGCUUGAAGAUCAACAAGGAAGACUGGAGGGGGAAAUAAGAGAGCUUUUGAUGAAAGAACGUAAGUUGAACUGAUGUUAAUGGUCGCUCUGUCUCAUUUCUUAUGAUUCUAGUUGCAGGAAGAAAUGUGCCCAAAUUAUUUUUAAUUAAUUAUUGUGCUGGCUGGAUAAAUGUAUAAUGAUUUGAGCCGAUCCGUUUCUUUGUUUCAGAUCCAUCAAAGCAAGACAACAGAAUCGUACAACAAAAGACGAAACAGUUAGUGGAUAUCGUGGAACAGAGAAAUCAAUUAGUUGAAUUGCUGGAGGAAGAAAGAAAGAGGUAAUGUUUCUCAUGCAGGUGCAACGUGCUUGGGAAGACAGGGACUAUGCCCUUAUCGUCUGCCUUCUUUGAAUUUUUGUUCUUAACAGUUUGUCUUGACUUUUUUAGAGAACGAGAAGAAGACAGGCUCUUUGAUUCCAUUCUUGCAGCAAAAGGUUUGUAG